UUUUUUUUUUUUUUUUUUUUUUUUGCAUACGCGUUAAUAUGCUGCACUUUCCCCCAGAGGAUAACGAGGCUUUAUGGUGGUGUGACGUUAUCAGAAAACCUGGUUUAAUUCAUUAAAGAAGAUUGUUGGCUGAGUUUUCUCUGCUGGAAUCACUGCUUUCAGUAAAAUGUUUUUCACCUCUGAAUUAAGCAGUUAAAUGAUAAAUGAAAGAAAUUUCUACCUCAGAUUGCAAGAGAGCUCACCGCUGACGAUGUGCUGCUGCCGAAGGAGCAUGUAGUUCCUGCCUUCACUCGGGAGGAGAAAGAGAGAAGGAAAGCUGGGAGAGAACAUGGAAGACUUCACCACACGGACUUAUGGCACCAGUGUCCUGGACAACAGACCUCUGUUCGGGGAGACUUCAGCAAGGGAUAGGAUAAUCAAUUUAGUAAUUGGUGGACUUGCAUCUCUACUAGUGAUAGUGACCAUUAUCAGCGCUUUCGUCUUCCCUGCACUGCCUCCAAAGCCACUGAACAUUUUCUUUGCUGUCUGUGUCCUGCUGAUGUGUGGCUCAGUGCUGGUUCUGAUCUUCUGGUACAGACAGGGAGACUUGGAGCCUAAAUUUCGCAACCUGAUCUACUACAUGCUGUGUUCAAUUGUCCUGCUAUGCAUAUGUGCCAACUUGUACUUCCACGAUGUGGGACAUGACAAAAAGGCCAAUGCCUUAUCAUAGGAACACGAGGAAAUUUCUCACAGUGGUAGAAGGUGUGUGUCCAUGCGGGUCUUUCAGCACACUGAAACGGGUGACUCUUCCUUUCCUACAGCCCCAUGCGGCUGUCAUCAGGGCCAGUCUGCCUCUGGAGGUCUUCUAAGUGGACUAACAGUAUUAUAGAUGUGACUAUUUGCGUAUUUCUGUAGCACGGUGGAUGUGUAUGCAGAUGUUUUGCAUCCUGAGUGCUGUAUAUUCCUGCAUUGCUAUAUAUGCCAAUGUAAUUGGGAGACUGUUCUUGACUAUAAGCCAUGGUUAUAUGCUGCAGAAAGCAUUUUAUAUUUGUAUAUGUUGGAUGUACAUUCCUGAUUGACAUCUCUUGCAUUUCUGAUGCAAUCUUGAAGCUGAAGCACUUACCAAAAUAGAGACGCAGCUGGAGUCUGGCAGAGCGAGACGCUGUUCGGGUUUCUGCUCAGGUUUCUGAAUUUCUGCACACUGUGUCAUUUGAUAUGGCCAAGAUUAAUGAUUGUUGAUAUUUCAUUUCUAAUGUGCAUUUUAUGUAAGAAAUAAACCCUUAUUCCCAUG